GCGAAUUUUUUUUAUUUCAAGCUUCUUUCCAGCGCUCCCGGAGGUAGCUCGGGGAGCAGCCGCACGCGGAGCUGCGGAAGAAGCGCGGGGCGGAGAGGAAGCCAUGAGGAACCGCUACUUCAUGAGGCACAAGGUCAAGCGACAGUAUUCAUGGAUCGACUAUGAGCUCUAUGACAGAAAACUCCACCACAAACUCUACAAAAGUAUUUGUGUGACAGCUUCGAGCGGCAACAUCCAAUUCCAAAUCAGUGUUGGGGAUUUCGUGUUGGUCGAGGGGCACGAUGACGACAACCCCUAUGUUGCUAAACUGCUCAAGCUCUGCAGGGAUGAUUCUGAGUCCAACUCACACGCUGUGGUCCAGUGGUUCAUUCGCUUGAGCGAGAUCCCCAUCAGCAAGCGUAAGCUGCUGGGCCGAGAGGCUGCCAAGCAGGAGAUAUUCUGGUAUGAAGAUCCUCCGAGGGAUGUUAGUGUCGAGAGCCUCCUCAGCCAGGUUCAGGUGGUGGCUUUGGCCCCAGAGGAGGAGGUGCCGAAGGGGCAGAAAGAUGCCCAGACCUUCUAUGUCAAACUUUCCUGGGACAACAGGUGCUUCCGCCCACUGGCCCCGAAGCUGCUCGCCGAGAUGAAGAAGCCCCAUGAGAUGAGUCCUCAGCACAACGCCUCACCCAAGGCCGUGGGAGCCAGGCCCAGCAACACGGCCGAGCGGGGCAUCGGACGCAUAGAGUCACGGCAUUCCACUUCCAAGUCCUGUCCCUCCCGGGAGAUACGUGCCGGCCGAACUCCCCGUUCCUCCACCCCUCCCCGAGCCAGAAAGCGGCUGGAUCUUGGGAGUCCCCAGAGGACACCCUGCAAGUCUCCCCACACUCGCCUCAAGCUCGCCCAGCCUAAGUUUCCCGAUGACAGUCCCUGUAGCUCUUCUCGACCACCUAAACGGAAAGUGACCUCCCCUGUGACCCCUUCACCUUGUAAGAAAACUCGUGUCAAUGGUGGGCUUCGAGCCCUUCCAGCAGAUCAGAAGGAGGCAGAGACUAAUGAGAUGAGAAUCGCUCCUCUCUGGGAGGCUGUGGAGGCCACUCCCCCCAUGGUCUUGAGGCCCAGGAUGGUCAAAAAUGCAGACUCCAAGGAGGACGGGGCGGAGACCCCACCGAGCCGCAAGAAGCCGCUGUGCAAGUCCUUGAGAAAGGUCAAGGAGGCUUUAAGAACUCCAGGUAACAGCAAACAUGACUCAGAAGAUAAAGAUGAAGAAUAUUUACCAGGAGACAACGAAACCUCCAGCUCUGACUGCAGCAUCCUUGAGGAAGAAGAAGAGCCUUGCACACCCCACAGACGCCGAGGACGACAGAGUGCUGCGGUCAGCACCUGGCACUCUUCCAGAACAUCUUUUGUACAGACAACCCCUUCCAGGACCCCUUCUAAGACUCCUUCUAGGACCCCCAAAAAAUCAUCUAAGCUCAGGACCCCCCAGAUCCGCAGGCGCAGACAGGCUGCCCAGGACCCCACCAACAUACUUGAAGAGGCCCGGAUGAGGCUGCACGUCUCUUUUGUGCCCGAGUCUCUGCCUUGCAGGGAGCAGGAGUUCCAAGAUGUCUACAAUUUUGUGGAAAGCAAACUUCUUGACGGGACAGGAGGGUGCAUGUACAUUUCUGGGGUCCCUGGGACUGGGAAGACAGCCAUCGUGCACGAGGUGGUGCGCUGUCUUCAGCGGGCCGCUCAGGCGGAAGAGCUGCCCUCCUUCCGCUAUGUCGAGGUCAACGGCAUGAAGCUGACCGAGCCCCAUCAGGCCUACGUGCAGAUCCUGCAGAAGCUCAUGGGACAGAAGGCCACAGCCAGCCACGCCGCAGAGCUGCUGCAGAGGCAGUUCAGCAAGCCGGCGCCCGGCCAGGAGACCACCCUGCUGCUGAUGGACGAGCUUGACCUCCUGUGGACCCCGAAACAGGAUGUGUUGUACAACCUGUUUGACUGGCCCAGUCGCUGUGGCAGCCAGCUCAUCGUCCUGGCCAUCGCCAACACCAUGGACCUGCCCGAGAGGAUGCUGAUGAGCAGAGUGGCCAGCCGCCUGGGCCUUACCAGGAUGUCCUUCCAGCCUUACACCUUUAAGCAGCUGCGGGAGAUCAUCGAGUCCCGCCUGGAAGGCGUGAAGGCCUUCGAAGAGGAUGCCAUCCAGCUGGUGUCCAGGAAGGUCGCAGCCCUAUCUGGGGACGCCCGGCGCUGCCUGGACAUCUGCCGGCGAGCCACGGAGAUCAGUGAGUUCUCCAGCCAGAAGCCAGAGUCCGCGGGCCGGGUCAAGGUGGCCCACGUCCUGGAAGCUGUGGAAGAAAUGUUUUCCUCUUCUUAUGUAAUGGCCAUUAGGAACGCCUCCCUCCUGGAGCAGGGCUUCCUGAGGGCCGUCCUGGCAGAAUUCCGUCGCUCAGGCCUCGAGGAAGCCACACUUCAGCAGGUCUACCAGCAGCACGUGGCCUUGUGCAGGAUCGAGGGUCUGCCGCAUCCCACCAUGACCCAGACCAUGGCUGUGUGCUCCCGCCUGGGCUCCUGCCGCCUCCUGCUGGUGGAACCAAGUAAAAAUGACCUGUUACUGCGGGUACGCCUGAAUGUAAGCCAGGAUGAUGUGCUCUAUGCUCUGAAGGAAGAGUGAAGAAGGGGAAGCCAGGAAAAAAGGCCUAACUUAUUACAGAUUGUCGCUAUUUUUAAAUUCAGCUUUUAUUUUUUUAAGAGGGGACAUUUUCAUAUUGAAUGGAAAUAGUUUUAUCAUGUGUUUACAAUUUUACAUUAAAAAUUUCAUUUUUCCCUAACACAUCCUGGGGGU